GCCAUUUUGGUUACUGGCGGGAAAGGCCGGGGGAUGGUGCCAGUGCGGGGGUGGGGCGUGGAGUAGCCGGAACGGAUCGGGUCUAGGCUGCCUCGCGGCGAGCCCACGCCCUGCACUUGCGUCACCCUAAGCCCGCGGCCCGUGCCUGUGCGCUCGCACCCCGCCUUCACCGCAGCUCCCUCCGGCCGGGACCCGGGACCCGGGGCCCGGGGCAGGCAGGGCGGCUCAGCGCUGGAGGCAGCCGGUGUGGGCAGGGCCCUGUGCGGAGCCGUCCCCGCUGGUCACGGCUCCUCCCGGCCGGGCUCUGGAGCUGGCGGCGGGGGCCCUUUGAGGGCUGCCGCAGUGGCUGAUGCUUACCAACGUCUGAGCUGCCUCUCUGCCAACGAGCCCCUUUGAGGAGUCACUUCGCUUCCCCGACACGUGCUAGGCCCUAAGGGGCAGGAGGGGUUGGUUCCCAAAAGACGCUCCUUGGCAGACGCUGGGGUUGGCAUGGUUGCGUUUGAUCUCGAAUCAGUCCAAUUGACCCUCCUUGGAGGACGUGGUUUGUGCCUACGUGGAGCCCUCAGAGAUAUAACACCGCCCCAGGUGAGGUUGGAGGACAAUCAAAGUGACUCCACCUACUAUCUACCCUUUACUCACUUGGCGAUAUCUAGAACUAUGGACAGGCGUCCCUGGGUGGCAGGAGAAUGAGGCACUGCUGCUGUGAAGGCAAGCAGACUUCCCCUUCUACUUUGGAUGGGGGAGUGGUUUUGGACUCAAGGAUGGGUAGAAAGGAUGCCUCUGCCACAAGAACUCCUAUUGAGCAAUACAGGAAACAAAUAGGAAAACAAGAUUACAAGAAAAGCAGGCCAGUGUUAAGAGCAACAAAAUUAAAAGCAGAGGCCAAGAAAACUGCACUGGGCAUAAAGGAAGUUGCCCUUGUCCUUGCAGCUAUACUGGUAUUUCUGUUGGCUUUCUACGCUUUCUUUUAUCUUAAUCUAUCAAGUGAAGUUGACCUUGAUCUGGAUCCAAACGAAAACUAGCAGAUGCAAUGUAUCUAUCCUACCAUCAGAUUCUCUUCAGGAAAAGCAACUACCUUGAACAACGCUACUUGGGAACGCAGUUCUAAUGCAUAAUAAUACUAUGCAAUAUCUCAUCGCUCUGAAAAUUCAUAUCUGCAGAACAGGCAAAGAAGACUCAUGCAAAGCAAGCUGCUUAAGUUAAAACGGAAGCUGUACUAUUAUGAAUUAAAUGAAUUGUUUACAUUAUUUGUUUCUCAGGCUGAGAACUCUGAUGCCAAAAGACAGUUUUUUGCAUAUUGUUGUUGAUAUUGCAAACAAUAGCUGCUGACUUCUGGGUAGGCUGUCCUGACUUAAAUCCAUGAAUCCAAACUUUUCAAUAGUGAAAUUAGGUUUUCUUUUUUAAAAAUACAAAAGAAAACACAAGUCCCCAAAUACAAGUUGCUUUACUGAUUUGUAUUUCCAGGGCAUCUGCACCACCCUGAGUCUUACACUCUCUCGCUCUUCACAUAAAGAAAAGGAGUACUUGUGGCACCUUAGAGACUAACAAAUUUAUUAGAGCAUAAGCUUUCGUGAGCUACAGCUCACUUCAUCGGAUGCAUGAAGCUCACGAAAGCUUAUGCUCUAAUAAAUUUGUUAGUCUCUAAGGUGCCACAAGUACUCCUUUUCUUUUUGCGAAUACAGACUAACACAGCUGCUACUCUGAAACCUGUCAUUAUGCAAAGCUCUUCACAUAGGAAGUCAUAGGUAAUUUCUCUUUUUAGAAAUAGUCUCCCACUUCCAGUAGGGCUUAUUUUAUAUCCGAGAUUUUAUGUGCACAUGUAUCUACAGUAAUCUUUUUUCAUUCCUUGCCAACUGCUCAGUGCACAUGUGCUCUGUCAGAAAUGGCACCUGGAUGACAGAAGCUCAAACAUUAACAUAUGCCUCUGAAACAGAGUUCCUUGCCUUUUGGGCUGUCUGCACUGGUAUAUGUAGAAAGUUCAGUUGAUGCUGAUUUUAAUUAGUAUAUUGCUCUAUUAUUAAUAUGAAGCUGAAAUUCUAUUUUAAUUAUACUGUUCCUGCUAAUUGCAAUAGCAGCUUGCUUCUCUCAUUAGGAGGCUGUGGUAAAAAUUUGUUUUCCAGUUAUACUAUCUUUUUCCCAUCAAACUAAUGUAAGGGGUUGUACCAGCUAACAAAUCUUUUUCAUGCUUACUCCCCAAAACUGGAAGAGUCUUGACUCACUGACAUCUUGUAGAAACUCUGUUGGCAAAUUAACCCUAAUUUCUCUUAUAUAACAGUCUCAUAACUAAGGGAUAAACCACUGAGUUCCCUUUGUUUAGUGACUGUUUUGGAAGUGUUCAGGUUAGACUUAGAUUUGACAUGAGACUAUUGGAGGCAAAGAGAAACCAAAACUAUACUAAUAGUGUAGUAUAUAAGAUUAUGUUUAUUUUAAAUUGACCCACAACCCCAUUAUCACCACUUAAAACCUGGUUCAGGAAUUUAGAUCAAUAUGGUUAAUGUUUAGACCAUACAGUAUUGAUGCCUAUAUACACUAUGAGUCUCUAAGGAUACACUUUUUAUGUUCCAUAUUCGGUUUGUGUAAUAUAGGACACCUCAUCUAGAAAUGUGGAAUACACCAGCAUCUCCAACAUAUGUAUGAAAAGGAAAUAUUAUACUUAUUUCUCAUUCUCUAAAUUGUGACUUUUGCAGUCACCAAAUCCCCAAAAUCAUACAUUCAUAGUACUUGUAGUCCAGUAAUAUUAUAUAUGCCACCAAAUGUCUAGCAACGUAUAGCACUUGGAGUGAAGCAUUUUAUGAUGUGGCAUUCCUUUCAGUGUAGUGAAAGGCAAUCACAAGCUGGCAUUUUGGAUGUGACAUGCCUUUCACUUCACUGAGUGCCAUACCACAUGUCUCAAAAUGCUGCAGUCCUCUCUUUCAUUUUGCAUGAGCAUUUUCCACUAACUCACAGGAUGCUGUAAGGAUUAUGUAGCUAAUGUUUGUACAGUGCUUUGUAUGAGACAUGCAAUAGAAGUGCUAAGUAUUUUGUAUUGUUAUAUAUAUAUUCUGUGUUCUGAAACAGUUAGAAAUAUUCUUCUUUUCAUUUAACUUAAAAUAGUAACUUGAAGUUAUUAGAACAAGAACAUUUCCCAUAUUGUGUGAGUCACAAGUAAAAACCAAACUGCAUCUGUGGAUGAAUUAAAUCUGUUUAUUGGUUUAUGGACCAGAAGUCCCCUAGACUAGAAAAUUUUACAAAUCUCCAUUAUGUUCUCAAGUACUGCAUUUUGCAUUCAGCUAUUUUUCAUUCAGGUGACAGACAUAACUAAGUCACAUGUAACUAGGGAGCUGCUAUUGCUUAGAACAUGAGAGGAGAUUCAUGCCCAGUGCACAUGGGAAUAUAUGGAGAAUAUUGCAGCAAAUACAUGGAAAAUAUUGCACUUGUGCUUUCUGUAACUAGUGGACUGAAAGCAUAAGUGCAAUAUUUUCCAUUAUUUUUCAGUCCACUAGAUACAGACAGAGGUUUGUUAAUAGCAGGUGUCCCAGCUUUAGUCAAACUAUCCACCUGUUUUAUUUUUUAAUUUAUAAACACAAAUGCAUUAAACAUAAGGCCUGAGUUGGGUCUUGCUUACACCUAUUUUCACUGUCUCCUUUGACUUUAGUGAAAUUACUCCUGUUUACUCCUAAUUACUCUCACUAAUGUGAGAUCAAAAUUUGCCCUGUGAUUAUGUCUCCCAGUAUACCUUUUGGAGCACAGCAGGUAUCCAUUCCUGAUAUCUUUAAGUGAAGUUGCUUUUAGCUCCUCAAAUGCAUGCUAGGUGUGCGCGCUCUCUGUCUCUCUCUCUAAUAAUGAUACCUAUGUAUGUAUCUGAGAUCGGAAUCAGUCCCAUAAUUUUUAGGUCAUUUGUCUUUGUAACCAUAGCUCAUGGACUAUUUUAAUAAUAAAAUGAAUUUUUAAACUUUGAA